AUGGGUCUGCAGCUGGGCACGCCGCUGCGGCCGCCGCGCAUCACGGAGCACCCCACGGACGCGACGGUGCCGCGGCACGACCCGGCCACGCUCAACUGCAAGGCGGACGGCGAGCCCGAGCCGACCAUCGCCUGGUUCAAGGACGGCGAGCCGGUGCGCACGUCGGCGGCGGACGCGCGCUCCAGCCGCGUGCUGCUGCCCACCGGCUCGCUCUUCUUCCUGCGCGUCGUGCACGGCCGCAAGGACUCCGACGCCGGCGUCUACUGGUGCGAGGCGCGCAACGCCGCCGGCGUCGCCAAGUCGCGCAACGCCACGCUCGAGGUCGCCGGUGAGUACCCGCAACUGACGCUCUGUCACAGCUAG